AUGGCUACCCAAAAUCCCCUACAAACGAUACCCAAUCUUAAGGAUAAGAUCCCGAAGUUAGAGCCGCGUCGUCGACGGCCUCCACCAUCAAACCCUCUUCCACCACCAGAAACGCCUACUUUACCACCACCACCAGACCCUUCAUCUCAUUCAUUCCAGGUUCCCACCCGGCGAAUCCUAUCUACCCAAGACCACAAACUCUUUCUCUCAUCACAAACUCACACCCUUAUUCUAGCGUUUGUCUUCGGUCUCGCAGAUGCUGUAGUAGACAUUCCUAUAUCAGCUAUUAAGGAUGACGACUGCAGUCCCAUCAUCAAAUCUAUCAUUGGUGUUCUCGAUGAGGUUGAAGCACUAGUUCUAGCCACCCCUCCCGACGAUGCCGAAGGGUCGCGGUUUGGAAACAAGGUUUUCCGUACCUUUCUUGACAAGGCCAAAGCUACCAGUCCGUCUUGGCAUCAGAAGCUCGGUCUGACAUCGCAAGAUGCUAUAUCAGAGGUCGAGACAUACCUUAACCAAUCUUUUGGCAACCGGACCAGAAUAGACUAUGGCUCAGGUCAUGAAUUAAAUUUCAUAAUAUGGCUAUUGUGCUUAUACCAGCUUCAGAUUGUGAAGAGAGCUGAUUUCAAAGCACUGGUCCUCAAGGUCUUUACCCGGUAUCUAGAGCUUAUGCGAACAAUCCAGUCAACAUACUACCUCGAACCAGCCGGUUCCCACGGUGUUUGGGGCUUGGAUGACUACCAAUUCCUACCAUUUCUUUUCGGAGCUAGCCAGCUUCUCCAUCACCCUUUUAUUACCCCCAUGGCGAUACACCAGGAACUAACCCUAGAAGAAUUUGGCCAUGACUUCAUGUAUCUUGGCCAGGUGAACUUUGUUAACAGCACAAAGACGGUCAAAGGCUUGCGUUGGCAUAGCCCGAUGUUAGACGACAUCUCAUCAGCGAAGAACUGGACCAAGAUUGAAGGCGGUAUGAGAAGGAUGUUUGUCGAAGAGGUGCUCAAAAAGUUGCCAGUGAUGCAACACUUUCUCUUCGGCUCACUGGUGCCUGCUGUGGAGGGUAUGAGCACCGAGUCUGAAGUAGGCGUAUCAAAUGAAGAAAACGAACCUGAAGGUGGAGGAGUGGUUGUCGAGCACGACGGAGUGAAGCAUGUGCACAAUGGUAGCAGCUGGGGCGAUUGCUGUGGGAUUAAGGUCCCUAGUGCAAUUGCCGCUGCCCAGGCGAUGCGGAAACAGGGCGCCGGGGAGCUACGCCGGAUACCGUUUGAUUAG